AUAAAGAUAGGAACCAACGCAUUUCCUGAUUUGUAUCAACAUACAGUCGAAUUUGUAAGCAACUUUAAAACGUAUUUUAAACAAGAAUCACAGUGGCUUACACAAUGAAAAGAAUGAAGGAGACAUCCGUCAGAUACCACACGAUGCACUACAAUGGGGACAACUUCACAGAUCUACAGUUUGAGAGGCCUCCUCCGAAAUUCCCAGCGAAGGCCAUUGCCCUAGCCUCCAUGCUGUUCAUGGUAGGGAGUGCCCUCUUAGUGAUUGGUGCUCUUUUGAUCACAGGACAUAUUGAUGUUAAGUAUGGUGACAGAACAUGGCCAGUGUUGAUUCUCGGUUCCAUCAUGUUCAUCCCGGGAUUCUACCAUGUGCGGAUAGCGUACUACGCCUACAAGGGUUACGUUGGAUACUCGUAUGACGAUAUCCCGGAGUUUGACUGAACACAUUAGCAGCAGAAAUGCACCUGUUAGAUCUGUGAUACUUUUAACGCAAAAUUGUACCAGUGUUAUAAAAGCAGUGUUUUUAUGCCCCCUUUCAAAGAAAAGGGGGUAUAUAGUUUUUUUCGCAUUGUCAGUCUGUCUGUCAGUCUGUAACACUUUUCGUGUCCGCCCUCUAAUUCAAAUAAUUUCAUCCGAUCUUUACCAAACUUAUUCAGAAGUUGUAUCUAGACAAUAUCUAGGUUAAGUUCUAAUAUGGGUCAUGCCGGGUCAAAAACUAGGUCACGGGGUCACUUAGUGCAUUUCAAGGAUUUAGCAUGGUGUCCGCUCUCUAAUUGAAGUAGUUUUCAUCUGAUCUUUACCAAACUUGGUCAGAAGUUGUAUCAAGACAAUAUCUAGGUCAAGUUCGAAUAUGGGUCAUGCCGGGUCAAAAACUAGGUCACGGGAUCACUUAGUGCAUUUCAAGGAUUUAGCAUGGUGUCCGCUCUCUAGUUUAUGUGGCUUUCUGAUUUAUUUUGAUAUUCUAAGAUAUUUUUGUGCCCCCGAAGGAGGGCAUAUAGUGAUCGGACUGUCCGUUCGUCUGUCCGUCAAACUUUGCGUUUAGAUUUCGAAAAAUGCUCAUAACUUCUAUGUUUCUUCAGAUAGCAAUUUCAUAUUUGGUAUGCAUGUGUAUAUGGACAAGGCCUUUCCAUACGCUCACAAACUUUGACCCCUGUGACCUUGACCUUGAACUUAGGGUACGCGUUUAGGUUAGGUUUCGAAAAAAGCUCAUAACUUCUACCAAGCGUUUAUAGGGGGCAUAAGUCAUCCUAUGGUAACAGCUCUUGUUUGUUCAAAAUUGGGGCCGGUAUACAACCCCAUUCCCAUUGAAAUUUUUUUUUCCCAAAUGGGACCUAAAAAUUCCCAAUCGAAGGUUUAAAAAAAUUAAAAAAAAAUUUAGAUCAACAUUUAGUUAAUCUCCCAUCCAGCUCUACACAUUAUGUUUAAUUAAAUAUAAUAUUUAAAACACUUUAAUUCUCAUUUCAAAAGCAUUUGUUAGCAAAUAAACACCAACACUAAUUUCCCAUUAGACCCGGUCCCGUUUUCUAAAUUUAAAAAAAAAACUGGAAAGUUUAAUGUUCUGGACCAACAAUAAUGUGUUGUUACAGUGAUGGGAGGUUGAGAUGGUGAUCAAAGGAAGUAAUUCUAAGUCAUCAUGUUAUCAUUCCCUAUAUGUGAUGCCAUUGAGUGAUGGUUGCUAUUUAUUUGUUACGUAUUUCAUGGAUGUUCAUAUUUUAAAAUGACACUUCCUGUAAAACUCUGUAAUUAUUUAUAAUGCAAAUUGUUGUAAUAUUUUAUUGUUUGUCUAAUCAUUAUCAUUGUAGUUUUCUAACAAAACUCCUCAGGUUGUGUUUUUGCUAUACUGAUUGCAUUUUGUAAUUCGUAUCGAAACACCCACUGAUAUAUUUUUUUAGGUUUCUACAAUCAGAAAACAUCCUCUCUAUCAUGACCUUUUAAUUACCAAUUUCCUACUUUUGCUUCAUUUUAAGAAACAAUUACUCUAAUUUUCCUAAAGGAUAAUACUUGACAAUCUAAAAAUAUUUAGUUUAUUCUGUAUGUGAACAGUUUUUGCUAUGCAUUGUUUAUUACAUGAUCUGACGGAAGAAAUUUUUCAAAAAAAAGGUGUUGUUUUACAACGCCUCUUAGUUCAGAUCGAGUUAUAAUAGUAAGUCCAAGUUCUGGGUAUUUGUUUGUUACUGUUUAUUUGCCAAGAUUAUUACAAAAGAGUCAUGACCACCCCAUAUUAGUAACUGGAUGUGAAUUGCUAUUGAUAGUCCUUUAAAAAGUUCUGUUCUUAGUUAAUGUGCAUAUUAUUAUUAUUACUAUUAUUAUUAUUUUAUGUUGUUUGAGUGAGCUUCUUCAAUGUUAUGUGUAUCAAUGAGGUAUUUAUCACAUUAUCUCACAUUUGUGAGUUUUUCAGAGGACAAAACAGGAAAUAUCUUUAAAAAGCUAUUAGUUGUUUAUUGCAAACAUGUGAGUUCAAAGUCGACAAUUUUAUAUAAUUGCAUAUUUUAAUGAAAAACCUUACAGUGCAUCAGGUGUUUAUCUUAUAUCCGUUGUAUAUAAAUUAUUGAAUUAAGCCUUUAGGUAGCCUAUUAAGACUUUUAAGAAUGGUUUCCAUACGGACUGACCCAGAACGGCAAAUAUUUGUGGUUAGAUAAUGAAAUGAUUUCUGUCUUACUAUUUUGUUAGUUUUUGGUGUGUUUUUUUUCAUCCUGAAAGCAAUACUGUGCUAUCAAUAUUUAUUGAUAGUCCAAAGAGUCAAAAUGCGAAGUUUGCCAUCGAUGCAAAAUGCUGAUUUAAAUAUUAAUGUCGGUAUAUUUCAAACUCACUUAUAUCAAAAAUAUCCCACAAAACAAACAUAAUGUUGUUGUCUGUUCAGUUUAAUCGAAUAUUGAUAAAUUAUUUCUCAUUGACAAGAUUGUUCUUAAUUAACAGCAUAUUACUUAUCAUUAUGAAACAAUAAUGAAAUGUAAUUGAUAUGCAUUUAGAAAUCAAACAUUUUUAUUUUUUGUUUUUGUUUUACAUAAUGAAAUAAUUGUUCUAUUUAUCACUUAGUAAAAAUGGUAUUGGUUUUCCGGUUUACUCCUGUUGAUCUUAUAAGGAAUCAGCUGUUAUUAAGGCUGCUAAUAAAUAGCCUCAGCUGAUGUUCUGCGCUCGUGUUUGUGUGUAUUAGUUUAUUUACAAGUUGCACUGCGUCUUUGCGAAUGCAUCUAUUGGCUGGCCUGCCCCUGAGACCUGUAAGGAGAGCUGUGUUUUACGAUUAAAAUAAAGCACACAGUGGACUAUUUACAGUAUGCAAAAAUGUUAUGCAAAUUAUUACCUUCUGCGAGUGCCUUCUCAACGAGGAAUCAGGUUUAGUGUACAACCUGUGUAUCUCAAAGAAAGUACUAAACAGAUACCACAGUUUCUUUUCAAUCCUCGAUUUUAUAGUGAUUUGGUAAAAAGUAGAAGACUUAUUUUCAGAAUCCCACGAUUAACCUUAGUUGAUCGCAAGAAGUGAACAACUAAAAACGAUAAAUUGAUGUUAUCCUUAUAUCUUUCAAAGCAAUACCCUAUUAUCAUCAUAAGGCAUUUAUCGAUAGUUAUUGCAGUCUUCCAAAUUUACUGACCAAUUUAUGACUCCCAAAUUUUACGAGAUGGAAUUAAAUGCGAGAUAGUUACUUUACCAAACUUUGUAUUUAUGUGUGGUAUGAACCCUGACCCUGCUAUGUAUGUAAUAACUUAUUAUUUAAAAAAGAGACUGAAAUGAGAGGUUGACUUCAAAAGGCUGAAUGUUAUUUAUUAUGUCACAUACGUUUAUAAACCUAUAUUUUACUAAGUUGUCAUUAAUUGCACUUUUAAAAUUGUGAUUUGUGUAUUUAGUAAUACAAAUCGUAAGAAAACCAUAAA